UUAUAUAGAUUACAAAACUGUAAGUUGACGUGUGAUCAAAUUGAGACGUUGAAACUUUUAACUUGCUUGCUAAACCAUAAAAGAUAGACAAAGGAUUAUAAAGGCAUUCUGUUCAUCGCACGAAAGUGGUCAAUGUUACCUAUUUCGCAACGUGAACCAAGGACCAUAAAGAAUUAUCACGUUUUAUUACGUCCGCGAUACAUUUUCUGGAGAGAUAAAAUGUCAAAUUUGCCAACGGAUUUCGAACCAUUGUAUUUUGUCCUCUGCGACUGUCCACCUCGUUUUGAUUUCAACAUGCAGGAACUCGAACUGUUGGCGAAAGUGUUCCAAAUACUUAAAUCCGAAAAUGUAUUCGAUUCGUCAUCCAAGGAUAAAAUUUUCCCUUUCGAGCAUCCUGAAGAUCUGAAGACUAUCCUGAAUCUGGAGGUAAGGAAUGAUUUGCCACAACUAGAUUCAGCGAAUCAGGAAGAUAUUCUGCGGAAAAUUAUUCGGUAUUCCAUUAAGACUGCUCACCCAAACUAUCAUCACGAGAUGUAUGCUGGCCCGGAUUGGUUGGGUUUGGCUGCUUCGUGGACAACUGAUGCAUUGAAUGCUUGCCAGUUGGUUUACCUACGAAGCUGCACCGGUAUUUUCGUUGGUGGAAUCGUUUACCUUGAAGUACUUUUUGAAGCUAUGUGGCUUUGAAGCUGGAGAAGGUGUUUUUACCCCGGGUGGAUCUAUGGCUAAUAUGUAUGCUCCUGCUAUGGCUAGACAUAGAUUGUUUCCGGAAAAUAAAAAGCAUGGAAUGUACAGUUGUCAGAAGCUGAAAAUGUUCACAUCAGAAGACUCUCACUACAGUGUAACGAAGAGCGCGAACUGGUUGGGCCUGGGCGAGGAAAACGUGCUGAGAGUUAGGACAGAUGCCACGUCCCGAAUAGAUACCACCGAGCUGGAGGUGGCUAUCGUGCGCUCUAUUGCUGAAGGUGAUAAACCACUAAUCGUAUCCGUGACGGCGGGCACUACGGUGUUUGGUGCGUUCGAUGAUUUGAACCGGGUCGCCGACAUUUGCCAGCAGCAUCAAAUCUGGUUGCACGUUGAUGCAGCCUGGGGUUGUGCAGCUCUAUUCUCUGAACGCCAUAGACCCCUACUGGCCGGAUUGGAGCGAGCAGAUUCCGUAUCUUUGUGUCCCCAGAAGAUGCUGGGAGCUCCUUUGCAGUGUGCGAUGUUUCUGAUGAAGCAUACCGGACUGCUUGCGGGAUGUAAUGCGGCAUGUGCGGAGUACCUUUUUCAGAUCGAUAAAUACUACGACACUGCGUACGAUACUGGGGACAUGAGCGUUCAGUGCAGCAGAAAGAUUGACGCGUUCAAACUCUGGUUCAUGCUUAAGGCACGUGGCUCAGCCUGGUUCAGAUCGUACGUUGACAACGCAAUGGAUUGUGCAACAUAUUUCCAUGCUGUGAUCAUCCAAAACGAUCACUUCAAACCCGUUCGAUCGGAGUAUCAAUUCACGAACAUUUGCUUUUGGUUCAUUCCGAAACGGCUGCAAUUGAGCGCUCCUGACGAAGAAACCGAAGAGUGGUGGUCUGAGGUCUACAAGGUUACAUUGGCACUGAAGGAGAAAAUGGUUAAGAAGGGAACUUUAAUGGUUAGCUACUCGUCCUAUCCGCAAAAUAAAUUGGGCUAUUUCUUCCGGCUGGUGGUGAAAUGCGUUCCGGAACCAACGAUCGAUAGAAUGGACUUCAUCAUAAAAGAGAUGAUAGCUUUGGGUAGCGAUAUGUGAUUUUGAAACUCUUGACAUAACUGUUGAAACUUAUUGAUAAAAAAAUCAGAAUGAAGGUUAGUCUGCAGUAUUAUGACAUUGUCAGAUAUGGGUUUAGGACAAUAGGUCGAAAGGUAAAACUUUCAAAGGACAAAAAUGAUUUGCUUAAUGAGAAAUCGUUCUCUUUCUAUAAAAGAGAGUCGACUUUUUUUUCCUUUUUUCGCUGCUUGAACUUUUGUCUUUUCGAUCUCUUAUCUUUUGAUCUUCUGUUCUUUCGUCAUAUAUUCUCAGAUGUAGUACUCCAAAUCUAAAUGAUGGGUGAUAUUUCCCAUGCAAAAUCAAGUGUCAAUAAAAAGAAGCCAUGUUAUAGUAGAUAACGCAACAAAGGUACAGAAUAAAGAUUUUUAAAGCACUAA